AUGGGCCGGGGCCUCGGCAAUGAUCGUAUGCUCUUCUUGGCCAACUUGAUCCGUUCCACUAAAGCAGAGGUAACUUUUGUCUCAGAAAUUAAGUCUUCCAAAGUCUGUUCUGUUUAUCUUGUUAAUAGAUUUGAUGUUACUAAUGUCCUUGUAGUUCCCUCUAGAGGUGCUUCGGGAGGUCUCUGGCUUAUGUGGACUGAUGAUCUGAAUAUUACUGUUCAUAGUGCUACUUUCCACCAUAUAUUAGCUAAUGUAGUUCAUCCUGCUUCUGGGGUCCAAUUUUGUUUGAUUUGUACUAGCAAACAUGCCCGUGUGUUGCAAUGGUAUUUUUUUUCUUUUAACAGGCCCCUAUCUCAAUAA